CCUCUCCUCUCCUCUCCUCUCCUCUCUACAGGAGAAGCCUCUCAACAAGUCACUACAGAGAGGAGAGGAUCUACAGUUUGACCAGUUAAUCAGUACAAUGAGUUCUCUGGCUGAGUACUGUCUCCCCUCCAUUCUGAAGACACUGUUUGACUGGUAUAAACGACAAAAUGGACUAGAGGACGAGAGUCAUGAAUACAGACCCAGGGCCAACACCAAGUCCAAGAGUGAUGAGCAGCAGAAGGACUACUUGCUGGAGAGGAGGGAUCUGGCCAUAGACUUCAUCUUCUCCCUGGUGCUCAUAGAAGUACUCAAACAGAUCCCACUCCAUCCUCUGAUGGAUGGGUUGAUUCAGGAAGUUAUUAACCUGGCUUUCAAACACUUCAAGUACAAGGAGGGCUACCUCGGUCCCAACACAGGGAACAUGCACAUGGUGGCUGACCUCUAUGCUGAGGUGGUGGGGGUCGUCGCACAGUCCAGAUUCCCUGCUGUGAGGAAGAAGUUCAUCUCUGAGCUGAAGGAGUUGAGACAGAAGGAACAGAACCACUAUGUUUUCCAGUCUACCAUCAGCCUCAUCAUGGGAGUCAAGUUCUUCAGGAUUAAGAUGUACCCUGUGGAGGACUUCGAGGCCUCCUUCCAGUUCAUGCAGGAGUGUGCCCAGUAUUUCCUGGAGGUGAAGGAUAAGGACAUUAAACAUUCUCUGGCUGGACUCUUCGUAGAGAUACUGGUUCCUGUAGCUGCAACGGUGAAGAACGAGGUGAAUGUUCCGUGUCUGAGGAACUUUGUAGAAAGUCUGUAUGACACUACGCUGGACCUGUCCUCUAGGAAGAAACACUCUCUGGCUCUGUUUCCGUUGGUUACCUGUCUGCUGUGUGUCAGUCAGAAGCAGCUCUUCCUCAACAGAUGGCACAUCUUCCUCAACAACUGUCUCUCCAACCUCAAGAAUAAGGAUCCCAAGAUGGCCCGUGUGGCUCUGGAGGCUCUCUACCGGCUCCUCUGGGUCUAUAUGAUCAGGAUCAAGUGUGAGAGCAACACCGGAACACAGAGUCGUCUGACGUCCAUCACCACCACUCUGUUCCCUAAGGGCAGUCGUAGUGUCGUACCCAGAGACAUGCCACUCAACAUCUUUGUCAAGAUCAUACAAUUUAUAGCCCAGGAAAGACUCGAUUUUGCCAUGAAGGAGAUCAUCUUUGACCUGCUGUGUGUCGGGAAGCCUGCCAAAGCGUUCAGUCUCAACCCAGAGCGUAUGAACAUAGGUCUGAGGGCCUUCCUGGUGAUAGCUGAUGCCCUGCAGCAGAAGGAUGGGGAGCCUCCCAUGCCCAACACUGGAGCCACUCUGCCCUCUGGAAACUCUCUGAAGAAGAAGAAGACUUACCUCAGCAAGACGCUCACUGAGGAUGAAGCCCAACUCAUAGGUAUGUCUCUGUACUACUCCCAGGUGCGUAAGGCCAUAGACAACAUCCUGAGACACUUGGACAAGGAGGUGGGCCGCUGUAUGAUGCUCACUAACGUACAGAUGCUGAACAAGGAACCAGAGGACAUGAUCACAGGGGAGAGGAAGCCUAAGAUAGAUCUGUUCAGGACGUGUGUGGCAGCUAUUCCUCGUAUCCUCCCUGACAGCAUGUCCAAACCUGAACUCAUAGACCUUUUGUCACGCCUGACUGUCCACAUGGACGACGAGCUCCGCCUCAUCUCCCAGAAUUCCUUGCAGAGUCUGCUACUGGAUUUCUCUGAUUGGAGGGAGGACGUCCUGUUUGGAUAUACACACUUCCUGCUCCGAGAGGUUCAGGACACACACCAGGGUCUGCAGGACUCCUCCAUCAAACUACUGCUGCAACUGCUCACACAGUGGAGACUCACACUGCAGGUCCCUGGGAACAAACGGGCUGCUGAGGCCAGUCCCAGACUACCAGACCGUAGUCCUCACUGCUCAGUGCUUCAUGCUGUAGAAGGCCUGGCUCUGCUGCUCCUCUGCUCCUGUCAGACCAGCACACGGAAACUGGCUGUGUCUGUUCUCAGAGAAAUACGCAUUCUCUUCAAUACUAUAGGACACGCAGAGGAUGAUGACAAGCCUAUGAUAGAGGUGAUGGACCAGCUCAGUCCUGCUGUUAUGGACAGCUUUGUACACGUGGCCGUGUCCGACUCUUCCACCCUCCCUCUCAGCCACCACGUGGACCUACAGUGGUUGGUGGAGUGGACAGCCAGACUGGUGAGCAGUGCCUACGACGUGAAGAGUCCCAGCCAUGUAUGGAUCUAUGCCCAGUGUGUCAAAGACCCCUGGGUACUCUGUCUGCACAGCUUCCUGCGCCAGGAACACCUCCCCAAACUCUGCCCUACCGCUCUCAGCUACGCCUGGCCAUACGCAUUCACCAGGCUACAGCUGCUGCUGCCGCUGGUUGACCCCAACAGUCCAGUGAAUGCUAAGAAGACCUCGUCGGCGGGCUCCAGUGACAGCUCCAUCUCUCUGUGGCGGAACUACCUGAUCCUGUGUCUGGGCGUGGCCAAACCCAGCAUCAUGUCACCUGGGCACCUGAGAGCCUCCACACCUGAAAUCACUGCUACCACACCUGACGGCAGUGUUACCUACGACAACAAGGUGAUAGGUACUCCGUCAGUGGCGUGGCUCCUGAAACAGCUGGUCCCUCUGAUGAGAGCUGAGAGCAUAGAGAUCACUGAAUGUCUAGUGCUGGGCCUCGGACGCACCAACGCACUGGUGUUCAGAGAAUUAGUGGAGGAGCUCCACCCACUCAUGAAGGAAGCCCUGGAACGGAGACCUGAGAAUAAGAAGCGUCGUGAGAGGAGGGACCUGCUCAGACUGCAGCUUCUCAGAAUCUUUGAACUGCUGGCCGACGCUGGAGUUAUCAGUGACAGUACUAACGGAGCGUUGGAGCGUGACAGCCUGGCGUUAGGAGCUCUGUUCCUGGAGUACGUGGACCUGACCAGGAUGCUGCUGGAAGCCGAGAACGACAAGGAGCUGGACGUCCUCAAAGACAUCAGGGCCCACUUCUCUGGCAUGGUGGCCAACCUCAUACAGUGUGUCCCUGUCCACCACCGGCGUUUCCUGUUCCCCCAGCAGUCUCUGAGGCACCACCUCUUCAUCCUGUUCAGCCAAUGGGCUGGCCCCUUCAGCGUGAUGUUCACGCCCCUCGACCGCUACAGCGACCGCAACCACCAGAUCACCAGAUACCAAUACUGUUCUCUGAAGGCGAUGUCCGCGGUGCUGUGUUGUGGUCCAGUGUUUGACAACGUGGGUCUCUCUACUGACGGAUAUCUCUACAAAUGGCUGGACAACAUCCUGGCCUGCCACGACAUACGGGUGCACCGUCUGGGCUGUGAGGUGGUGAUUCUGCUGUUAGAGCUGAACCCAGAUCAGGUGAACCUGUUUAACUGGGCUGUAGACCGCUGCUUCACUGGCUCCUACCAACUGGCCUCAGGAUGCUUCAAGGCCAUCGCUACUGUCUGUGGCAGCAGGAACUACCCAUGUGACAUUGUGACUCUGUUGAACCUGGUGCUGUUCAAGUCUUCAGACACCAGCAGAGAGAUAUACGAGAUCUCCAUGCAGCUGAUGCAGGUUCUGGAAGCCAAGCUGUGUGUGUACUCUAAGCGCAUGGUGGAGCAGAAGCCUGGUAACAUUCUGUAUGGGACCCAUGGACCUCUACCUCCUCUCUACAGCGUCUCUCUGUCCUCACUCUCUACACAGCUGGCCUCCAUGUAUCCUGAGCUCACUCUGCCUCUCUUCUCAGAGGUGUCCCAGCGUUUCUCCACCACCCAUCCUAACGGCAGACAGAUCAUGUUGUCCUACCUGCUACCCUGGCUGUCUAACAUAGAGCUGGUGGAUACAGGCCUCCUACCCCCUGCUUCCAGCCCCUGUACCCCAGAAGAGGAGCCCCGUGGUCGGGCACACACCCUGGGUCUCGCCCCUCGGCUCCGGGGGAACGGCUGGGGCUCCCUCCAGGCCAGCUCUCUGGUCCUCAACAACCUCAUGUUCAUGACUGCUAAGUAUGGAGACGAGGUUCCAGGUCCAGAGAUGGAGAACGCGUGGAACGCCCUGGUGUCCAAUGAGAAGUGGAGUAACAACCUGCGUACAGCGCUCCAGUUCCUCAUCAGCCUCUGUGGAGUCAGCUCUGAUACCACGCUGCUGCCCUACAUCAAGAAGGUGGUGAUCUACCUGUGUCGUAACAACACCAUUCAGACCAUGGAGGAGCUGUUGUUUGAGCUGCAGCAGACAGACCCAGUCAACCCUGUGGUUCUGCACUGUGAUAACCCGCCCUUCUACCGCUUCGCAGCCAGUAACAAGAUGUCUGCUCACCACUCAGGCACUACGUCCAGCAGUAACACAGUAGUGGCAGGACAGGAGAACUUCCCAGAGACAGAGGAGUCCAAGCUGUCCAGAGAGAACGAGGAGAGGUCCAAGGCUCACAACAGACUGGAGUCUCGCUACAGUAACAGCUCAGGCGGUUCCUAUGACGACGAGAAGAAUGACCCUCUCCCGCCGUAUGCUGGUUGGCUGAUGAGCGUGUUGGAGACCAAUCGGCCGCAGCCGUUGCCCAUGCCAGUUAACGGAGGUUGCUGGGCGCCGCUGGUGGACUACCUUCCUGAAACCAUCACACCUAGGGGACCACUACACAGGUGUAACAUAGCAGUGAUCUUCAUGACAGAGAUGGUGGUGGACCACAGUGUGAGAGAGGACUGGGCCCUUCACCUUCCACUACUGCUGCACGCCCUCUUCUUAGGUCUAGACCACUACAGGCCAGAGGUGUUUGAACACAGCAAGCGUCUCCUCCUCCACCUCCUCAUCGCUUUAUCCUGCAACAACAACUUCCAGGUCAUAGCCUCUGUGCUGCUGCUCACCAGAGAGAUCAGUGACAACAAAACACUCACCAUCAAAUCCAGCUAUCAGCCAGAGUACCAGUACUCAGGUGGUCCCGACUUCCUGCGGGAGUGGCAGGCGUCCCCGGUGGCUGACUCUGGCAUGAGCUCCUCCUCCAACUCUUCUUCUGCCAGUCUUGGCGGCGGCAGCACGGGGGGCAGUGUGGGUAACCUGCCCAUGGUAACCCCCGACGACCUGGAGGACCUAGAGGACACGGCCAGUGAGGCGGACAACAAGACCAACAAACUGAUAGAGUUCCUAACUACCAGUGCCUGGAGUACUGUUCUCUCCAUACUCAGAGCGUUUGGCCCGCUGUGGGUCCACGAAGACAUCACUCCUAAGAACCCCAACUGUAAGAGCUCUGACCAGCUGUCCAACUUCCUCCGACACGUCAUCUCUGUCUUCAAGGAGUCCAAGUCAGAUUUCCACCUUGAACAGCAGUUGAGUGAUGUAGCGUUGCAGACCGCUCUGUGCAGCUCGUCUCGUCACUACGCUGGGCGGAGCUUCCAGAUAUUCAGAGCUCUCAAACAGCCAAUCAACGCUCACGCUGUAUCCGACCUGCUCUCACGAUUGGUGGAGGUGGUGGGAGAGCACGGGGACGAGGUGCAGGGCUAUGUGAUGGAGGUGUUGCUGACUCUAGAAUCCGUGGUGGUGAACCUGGCUGAGUGUCUGAAGAACAGUGAUCUGAUGGCUGCUCUGACCAGGACCUCCUCCCCAGACUUCUUGACCAAUGAGAAGCUUGAGAAGCAGUUUAACAGGAAGAGCACUGGCCAGCUCAACCUGCCGGGGGUGGGGCUUAGCGGCCUCUCAGCCGAACGCAGCCGACACCAGCGGUCCUAUUCUGUACCCAAAAAGUUUGGUGAGAGCGGCAACCAAUCACACGAUCCGCCUCGCAGCGCUACCCUCGACCGCAUCCAGGCCUGCACCAAUCACGGCCUGGGCCGGCCCGGACGGAGUAUACACGCCUCCUCGGCGUCGACUAAUCGAAUUGAUCCUAGCGUGCUGUCUGAUCCUGCCCACGUGUCCCAUCCUUCGUCCCUAUUGGCUACGGUGUUCUGGGUGGCGGUGUCACUCAUGGAGUCAGAUUUUGAGUUUGAGUAUCAGAUGUCCCUCAGGCUGGUCCACAAGCUGCUGUCUAAGGUGCCCCUGGACCGGGCUGAGAACCGUGAGCGUUUGGAGAAGCUGCAGGCCCAGCUGAGAUGGAGUGGUUUUUCUGGACUACAACAGCUGUUGUUAAAGGGCUUCACCUCCCAGACGACCUCUGACCUCACCCUGCAACUCUUCUGUCAGCUCACACCUGUCUCACGAGUCCCCGUGGUCGACACAUCACAGGCUAUAGGUUUUCCCCUGAAUGUGCUGUGUCUCUUGCCUCAUCUUGUGCAACACUUUGGCCACCCCACUCAGUUCUGCAAGGAGAGCGCUGAGAGGAUCGCACAGGUAUGUCUGGAGGAGAAGAACACCAAGCUGUCUCACCUGGCCCAUGUGAUGACCCUGUAUAAGAACAGGUCGUACACGCGGGACCCCUUCUCCUGGGUCAGCGUCGUGUGUCGCUAUCUCCACGAGGCCUUCGCUGACAUCACGCUCAACAUGGUCACCUACAUGGCUGAGCUCCUGGACAAGGGCCUACCCAGCAUGCAACAGUCAUUGCUCCAGAUCAUCUACUGUCUGUUGAGCCACAUGGACAUGACGGUUGUCCAGGUCAGACAGUUCAACGCUGACGUCCUGAAGACCAUCGAGAAGUUUGUACAGACGGUCCACUGGAAGGAUGCGUUAAACAUUCUGAAGCUGGUGGUGUCUCGGUCAGCCAGUCUGGUCCACCCAGCUUAUAGCCACGCCCACGGUGACCUCUCUAACCUGGAGGUCAGUAGGAUCUGGGACGGAUCAGCCAAGGCCCUGCCCGGCAAGACACUGGACUUCACCUUUGACAUAUCAGAGACUCCAGUGAUCGGGCGGAGGUUUGAUGAGCUGCAGGGGUCAGGGGGUAGAGAGGGGAAGGCCAGGGCUGUGACCCGUAGCACCUCCUCCACCUCCUCUGGUUCUAACUCCAACACCGUCCUAGUGCCUGUCAGCUGGAGGAGACCUCAGUCCUCACAGAAGAGAACUAGAGAGAAGCUGGUGAACGUUCUGUCUCUGUGUGGACAAGAGGUUGGCCUCACCAAAAACCCCUCGGUGAUCUUCUCGUCCUGUGGGGACCUGGACAUGAUGAUGGAGGUUCAGGGGAGCGGCGUGUCUUCAGAGGAGGGAGGAACCAGAGAAGACACACUGGAUGACACGGCGUCGGAGCAGCAGUUCAGAGUGUUCCGAGACUUUGACUUCCUGGAUGUAGAGCUGGAGGACGGAGAGGAGCUCCAGGGCGAGAGCGUGGAUAACUUUAACUGGGGUGUACGGAGGCGUUCCCUGGACAGCACAGAGCUUGGUGACCUGUUAGAGGAGAGUCAACACUCAGGCAGCACCCCCAGUCUGGGACAAGAAGACCCACAGGACUCUGACCAAUCAUCAGAGGAAGAAGAGUCCUCUACCAGUCAGAGUCUGUCUCACUCACAACUGACUAAUCUCUCUCCGUCAGAGGAGACCAACCACACGGACUCUCUCUCUACGUCGUGCGACACCACGUCAGCCGACCCACAAUCCCUCAACGCCACCACACCAGGUACCAACCAGGGACCUCCACACGACGAGCAGGGAGGACUACGGGGUGGUGAUGAUGAAGACACCCAGGGGCAGGACGAUGACCUGUCUCUCAGUGUGAAUGACCUUCCCCAGGGCCUGGGAUCUGACCUGUCUCUCAGUGUGAAUGACCUACCCCAGGCCCUGGGAUCUGACCUGUCUCUCAGUGUGAAUGACCUUCCCCAGGCCCUGGGAUCUGACUGUUGGGAGGGGGAGAGCUUCACUCUGGACCUGGAACACCAUGGUCACCAUGGACACAGCAUGGAGCUCUGUAGACCCCCGCUGGGGUUUCUAGACCCUAGCUGUCUGCCCAGUCUCCGUGAUGACGUGGAUGACCUAGAGGACCUUGGUUUUCCUCCUCCCCCCUCACCGUUCUUCUCCGCCAUCUUGGCUGCGUUCCAGCCCACUGUUUGUGACGACGCAGAGGAGGCAUGGCGUUGCCAUAUCAACCAGCUGGUAACCGACUCAGACGGAUCCUGUGCCGUCUAUACUUUCCACGUCUUCUCAUCGCUCUUCCAGAACAUCCAGACUAAGUUCUGUUCCCUGACCAGUGACGCCGCUGGUUACCUAGGAGACGGCCUGAGGGGCAUCGGGUCAAAGUUCGUGAGGUCAUCUGAGAUGUUAACAACGUGUUCCGACUGCCCCACGCUCUACGUAGACGCUGAUACGAUCAUCUCCUAUGGUUUACUAGAGAAGAUGAAGUUCAGUGUGUUGGAGCUGCAGGAGUAUCUGGACACCUACAACAACAGAGAAGAGGCCGCUGUCUCAUGGCUGAGGAACUGUAAGGACACGUUUCCCAGGUGCCCUGGCGAUGGCGUGAUUACCUGUCAGCCAGGAGACUCAGAGGAGAAGCAAAUGGAAUCUCUGGCACAACUGGAGCUGUGUCAGCGUCUCUACAAGCUUCACUUCCAGCUGCUCCUCCUCUUCCAGUCCUACUGCAAGCUUAUUGGACAGGUCCAUGCUGUCAGCGCUGUGCCUGAGCUGCUUAACAUGUCUCGAGAGCUGAGUGACCUAAAGACCAGUCUAAGAGCAGCAGAGGCAGCGGUGGCUAGCAACCUGGAACACACACACCUGGCCCACACCCAGACCCAGGCCUCUGCCGCCCUGCCCAACUUCAGCUCCCCCGAGGCAGCCGUACAGGCCAUCCUGGAGUGCCUCAACAACCAGGAGUUCAGCAAGGCCAUACGCUACAUCCACGAGUGCAGGAGGCUGUGGCCUAACGGUGUGUUUGGCGGUGGGUCAGAGAGCGAGGUGCAGACCCUCCUCAAUGUCUACUUCCGACACCAGACCCUGGGCCAGACGGGGACCAUCGCCCUGGUUGGGUCACGCCAAGACCUCAGCCUUAUCUGUUCCAAGCUGCUGGAGCUCAACGGGGAGAUCCGGGACAUGAUCCGUCGCGCUCAGGGAUACCGGGUGGUCAACACCUACCUCCCCGACUCCUCUGCCUCAGGGACAAGCCUCUGACAGCAGCACAGGAGCCCCCCUCGUACCCCUCAUCCACCCUUAUUAGCCUUGACCCGACAAACCUCAUCCUCCCUGUCACCCCUACUGCCCCUGAUCUCGUCGCAUAUGGUGCUGUUACCCCCGACCAUAACACCACUACCACCAUCUCUACUGCCCCAAACCCAGCCUCACUUCUGGCCUCUCCCUCCAGCUCAACCAUAGACUUGUCUCUGCCCUUACUCAUAGACUUCUACUGGCCUCCCCCAGACCUCUCCAGACCCCACUGUGAGUGCACAGACAUACAUCAGGCAUCUCACACACACUCUUUACAGUGCAUUCCAAACCUCAGCCCUAACACACACACUCCACUCAAACCAGGUAACACAUUGCCCGACCUUACGCACACACACACAUUUCCUGCUAUCCCACCUCGUGGACCACACCUCCCGUACUCCCCUUACACACAUCCAGAACCAGUCUUAGACACACAAGGUCUGGCCCCUCUCCUUCCUCCUCUUCCUCCUGACCCAGCCCAAGGUGCAGAGGCGGGGUGGGGGUGCUGCUGCGCCAUCGGAGGGGGUGGUACACCCCUGUCCCAUUACCUGGGGAAGGUGGGUCACACCGCCUGGCCCCUACUCAGAGUGGGGGGGCUCCUGAACCCUAAACAACCCUCUGGUGUUCACACCUGAGAGACUCACCUGAUGAUGCUGGUCAUACCUGAUGAUGCUGGCCACACCUGAUGAUUUCAACCACACCUGAUGAUUCUGACCACACCUGAUGCUGACCACACCUGAUGAUGCUGGCCACACCUGAUGAUGCUGGCCAUACCUGAUGAUGCUGACCACACCUGAAGAUCUCAACCACACCUGAUGAUGCUGGCCACACCUGAUGAUGCUGACCACACCUGAUGAUGCUGGCCAUACCUGAUGAUGCUGACCACAUCUGAUGCUGACCAUACCUGAAGAUCUCAACCACACCUGAAGAUCUCAACCACUCCUGAUGAUGCUGGCCACACCUGAAGAUCUCAACCACUCCUGAUGAUGCUGGCCACACCUGAAGAUCUCAACCACUCCUGAUGAUGCUGGCCACACCUGUGGAUUAAAAUACCUAAGUCCCCGAGAGAGACCAAAGGACAUAUGUGAAACACCUGAUGAACCUGAGGAUUUACCUGACCUGAUAUCAGAUUCAACCUAUGAAUGAAAAUACCUGAUCUCAGUGAAACCUUAGGAUGGGGGAAGUAUCUGUUACCACCAGGUAACCUGGGGAUCCACUACCUGACGCCUCACCUGUGGAUGAAUGUCCCAGAGUCAUAGCUUCUAUUGCACUAACAUGGACUUCUUAGAGGAGAGGAGCCGUUACUACUGAGAGAGACAUUCAAUCAUGCGGUUUAUCUGAGAGAGAGAGAGAUCGAGGCCAAGGACUGGAAGGUUGUAUCUCUCUCACCACGUGUGUAUCUACUGUUUAAAGAGUCUCUUUAGGGGAAAAUGUGCACUGCUUGACCUAGAGGAAUGCUGUAUUCUAGAAUCCACAGCCUCUACUUAGCAUUGGUUACCCGGACGAUGUUUAGUUCUACAACUGACAGAAGUCGGCAUUCACGAUAAAGACUGUUAGGAUCCGUCUGCAUCGCUGCCCCUCCACAUGGAGCUGCAUCGUGUGAAGAGACAGGACACAGACUAGUAUUCAUGUGUUUAAUCUUGUUGCCUGGUUUUCUGAACCUGAACGCUUCUCGUGUAUUAGUGAACCAGCUCCUCAAGACCACUGUAAGACUAGCCUACCUUAGACGAUUAUAUUGAUUAGUAUGUACACACUGGCUAUACGGUGUAGCAUAUUGUGGGUCUACGUAUACACACACCAUUUGUUACCGUGACCAUCCUAUAUUUCUGAUGUGUGUGUAACUGUGACAUUGGGAGGGGGGAAAGAGUACAGUUGUACACACACUAAAUACUCCGUCACAUGGACGUGUGCUGACAUUCACUGGUUUAAAUGUUCUUAACUAAACAUACUGUUCAAAUACCUGCUGGGCCCUGUUCCAAUACUGUAAAUCCUUAACUUCCAACCUGCCUUGAAGGAAUCACUGACCAGGGUGGUUAAGGUUCAAAUACUAGAGGUUUGAUACUAGUAAGGUCUGAUCAGUGGCCAAGGAAGGAUGCAUUUAAGUAUUGGAACAGGGCCAUAGACACUUCCUGUGGUGGUCAGUCACUUGUGAUUCCUUUCUACAUGAGUUCAGUCUAGUCUUAUCUAUAUCCUAUUCCUGACCAGCUUUAUAGAUUUUCCCCCACGUUCCUUCGAUUUAACUGCCAUGCAUGUGUAUAUUGUAAUGGACGACGUGUAUUCAGAAGAUUCAUAUUUUAUCUGAUAGAUGCGUUUGUAUGAGAGAGAAAGUGUGCAUCAAGAAAAAAAAAUUCACAUUUUUAAAGUGUUGUAGAGGAAGACAGUUCACUUUGUAAAUAGUUUUACAGCUUUGUGAAGUCAUUGAGUUGAUGCCAUGUCUCAAAAUAAAGCCCUCUCAAAAGUU